AUGAAAACAUACAAACAUCUUGCACUUAUUCAAUUAAGCGAUAUUCAAAGUUUAUUUGAUAUUAAUCCAUUAUCAUUAACAAUUGAUGAAACUGAACAAUUCAGAAUACUUUGUUCAAUUGAUGGUCAAAUACGUCAACUUAUACUUUGUGUUAUUAAUGAAAGUACAAAUACUAGUAGUAAUAGUUCCGAAUCUUAUUUUACUGAUUCAAUGUCUUCACUAUUAUCGAUUUCAAUAUUAUCGAAUAGUACUCCUCAUCAUGGAAAUAUUAAAACCUAUUUACUUUAUCAGUUAACUAAAGCGAUUCUCGAUUUGUUCAUGAAAACUGUUCAUAAUUUGGAUUCUUCACCAUUUAUGCAAUGUAUUGAAGAACAUAAGUUCGCUGAAUAUUCCCUUUAA